AUGACAAACCCACAAGACAACCCUGGAACUCCUCCACCACCCACUCCCUCAAAUUCAUCUACCCCUCCUCCACCCAGCAAAUCACCCAAACCCAGGCUGAGAAGGGCAAGUCAGGUCCAAGACUCUAACUCUAACUCUGAUUCUGAGUCAUACAAAUCUGCUAGUGAGGGGGAAGGACCUGGGUCGUCUGACUCGGAGAAGGCUCAAGAAUCCCCUUCUAAGGUAAGUUCUUCUUUGACUGAGAAUUUAGAAACUAGGUUUGUUCUGGUUGGGCCUAUCAGGGAUAUGGAAUUACCUGAGUUACAAAGGAGUGAAGAGUGGCAAAAAGUCAGGGGAAGUGGUUAUGGUGAAAUUGCUGAAGGGUUAGUUAAUCUAAGCGCACAAGGAGAUGAACCUGGUUCAUCAACUGAAGAGACCCUAGCAGACUUGUUGAAAAAGGUUGGAGCAAGUUAUGAUCCAAAGAAAAGAAUAACUCCCACACCAAAAGCCCCUAGUGCUCCAAAACCCUCCAAGAAAAGAAAGGCUUCAUCCCCAACAACUACUGAAACUUCCUUGCCAAAGGGAAGAUCCACAAGAAGCAGGGUGAAAUAG